GCAGGACUACAGUUACCAGCGUGCUCCGCGGAGACGCAGGAGCGGAGAGGAAAGCCAGUCGGGGCGAUCGAACAGGUCGCCGGUGAACUAAGUAAGCGGCGGAUCCUGCGCGCCGCUCGGGCCUCCGGCAGCGGCCGCCCUGCUCGCGGUGAAAAUCGGAGCAUCCUCCUGCCCUCACCCCACGCCUCCCCUCCCAGUGAGGCCGAUGUUGGGCCUAGUGGUUGGGUACAUCUGUCAGUGACAGGCACGCACAAUCACAGUAUGUUACAGAGCAUUGGUCUGACCCUGCUGGUCUUGGUCGCCACUCUCCUCUGUGUCCUGCUCUUCAUGCUGUUCGGUUGGUAUGUGGUAUGGCAGCUAUUCUUGUCCAAGUUCAAAUUCCUUCGUGAACUCGUAGGUGAUACCAGCUCACUCCAGGGAGACAGUGAGCCAUCGGAGAAUGUAAGCAUAGGAGAAUUGCCACCUACACCUCCAGGGCAUAGACCUAAAUCAGCACGUCUACGGAGGCCACCAACUGAAGGCACCACAUAGAAAACCAAAUUGGAGCAUUGUUCCAGUCAUUUGGAAUCACUUAUUGGCAUUUAAGCACGACUUCAGUCUGUGAUUGACAUGGUGUGCUUUUAUUUAAUUGGUUGACUUGCUAAAAAUAUAAUUUCUCAUAUGGAGAAAUUUACGAUCGCUUGGGUCACACAGAAAUGCAUAAUGCUUAUUUAAUUUAUCAAUGUAGGGUCAUCUAUUUCUCUCCCAUUGCUGAAUGAAUCAAUUUAUAAUUAAUUGGUAGGUCACUCAGUCCUGGCUGCAGGAGUCAUGAAUCAAAUUGUGCUACCAACUUUACUCUAAUUCUAUUGAAUAUGAUUCCACUUUGUGAAUUACUGUGUUAAGUACUAAAGAUGGUUUAUGUUGUGAAGUAGCAUUUUUUUAAGAUGUGUAUCAUUUGAACUUUGCUUUAGGUGCUUCUAAUAUUUUUAACUUUUCACAAUUAUGAAGAAACACAUUGAACAUGUUUACAUAACAGUUAUUUAAUUUUCUGCUGCAACUUCCUUAUUUUAACAUGUCAAUUGAAACAACCUAACUUGCUUUCAUUGAAAUGGUUAAGAACAUAAGACCUGCCUAAACUACCAUUUUCUUUUAUAUAUUAAAAAAAGUUACUAUAAACAAUCAGGAGAGAAAUGUGGGAUUUCAGUUUUCCCAAAAACUGACAGAGGACUAGAAAUGGGUCUGUGCUGCUAAAAGAUUAUUAAAGGGCUGUACACCAACAACUAUUUUAAUUGUGUGCCAACUGCUGCUGGGUUCCAUAGCACCUGGCCUGAUGCCCAAGGCCUCGAGUGCUACUGUUUGUUCAAUGGACACUUCCUUUCACCUCCUGCAGAGGGUGAUGGCAACGAGAUCAGAGCACUGGUGAGGUGGAGGGUAGGCUCUUCCAAAUGUGCCCAAUGGUGCAUAACCUCAGAAAUGCAUGACUUAAUUUCCUGGGCAAAACUCCAAAGGGUUAAUUUAGAGGGAAUAAUGUAAUCCUUUGUGUGACUGACCAGGAAAUUGCAUCAGGCACACAAGGCUGUAGCAUCACUGGAAUUGCCAGGACAAGUUUCCAGAAUUGCAUUAUUUCACUUGGAUUUUGGCUGUGGUCACGCUCCAUCCUGAAAUUAAGUGAUUUUUAUUCACUUAGAACUGCAGAAAGCAGAGCUAUCUGUCUGAAUUUCUAGGCCAUUGUUUAUUAUUAGCAUCCCUUUUGGUUUCAUUGAUUGUGAUUAAUUUAUAGAUUCCAAAAAUUUUGCUUUAUUCAUCCAUUUUGACAAAAUCUGCCAUUGCAUUUUCCCAGCUUCUAAAUGCCAUGAAAAUUUGUAAAUAAUAGAGUUUCAUAAUAAUCAUGAAGGAUACAGAUUGAGAUGUGCUUAUUUGCUUUGGCUGAACAUUGUGGUGGGUUAAGGGAUUGUCCUUUUCACCUGUUUGCCCAAAUUCCAGGCAGAUUUCUAGAGUGACAAUCACAUCUGUGUGUCAACAGCAAACUUUGUCUAACAGCUGGAAUUAAAGUUGUGGAAAAACAGAAACGUUUUGUAUCGGAAAGGUAACUUUUUUUUUACUGAGUUAAAGGUGUAUUAUUGAAGUAGAGUGCCUAUGCUCUGCAGUAACUGACUUAGAAAUGCUUGAUGCUACUUCAAGCUGUCAAUGAAUCCAUUCCACAGCAAUAAUGUUCCUUUUGUUAUGAAUGGGGGAACUUAUUUUCCUCCUCCCUCUGCCCCUUUCCCCCAUCUCCUUAAUUUAAACAAAAAUGUUGGAACUGCUGUCUUGUUCAUUGUUCAGUUGCAGCUUUGGGUGGGCUGUCCUUGUAGCCUGUGUUUGAAAAAACAUGAUGCAAAAAAAAGAUGUAAACUGGGAUAGGGAAGGAAGUAAGGGAGAGAUAGAAGCAACUGAUUUCAAAAUGUGAAAAUAAGACAGGUCUGGCUAAUAGUUGAUUUUUCCCAUCAAUUUUGCAGUACUUCAAGCUUGUCAAUGCUUUUUGUGGCAAGACUAUAUUGGAUGGUGUUUGUCUUUGUUUUGCAUACUAUAUGGUCUUUCAAUACAUCCACAGAGUACCUCUGAAGGAUCAUGGCAGGAAACUUUAUUUUCUAAAUGGACUGCAGCAAAAUGCACUGUUCUUUUAUUUGGCAUUUUAAUUUUUUAUUUUAAGGGAAGUUCAUUGAUAUUGGGUAUCUCGGAUGAUGUAGUUUAAACAUUUGUAGAGACUUUAUGGUAAGAAGAGGAAUUUAGAAGUGUACAUUAGUAAUCAUAUGAGCAUGAUACAAAAAAAUGUACAUUAAUAUUACUAGCCUCAUUCACCUAAACCUCUAUGGCUUUGACACAAUAAAUCAAUCCAUGCUUCUGGCUCUUUACUAUGCCACAGUUGUAUCAUGGUCCUUUUGCUAUUUUUCCAACAAAGCUAGUACUUUAUUGCCUGUGGAUCCCACUCCAACUAUCCUCUAUGGUACAUCUCUUGCACAGCCAUAUAAAAGUUCCAUUCAAGUAAUCUUAUCUGUGAUUCUUUGUCCCUCUGCCCCAAUUUCUGCAUUAUCUCUGAUUUGUCCAAAGCUCAGUUCUCUCCCUUCUGUCUUCCAUGUGGAUGGUGCUCCUUGGUAACAUUAGUGCAGGGUCAGAGGAGACUCAUGAUACUGCAAAUGCUGGAAUCUGGAGCAACGUUCUGCUGGAAGAAUUCAGCAGGUCAAAUAGCAUCUGUGGGAGGAAAGGAAUUGUCGAAACCUGUACGUGAUGCAGGGUUUUGACCUGAAUUGUCGACGUUUUGAGUUGAAACCUGUACAUGAUGCAGGGUUUCGACCCAAAGUGUCAUCAAUUCCUUUCAUCCCAUAGGUGUUGCUUGACCCACUGAGUUCUUCCAGCAUAUUGUUUCUUAGCACAGGAUCAAUUCCCACAGAUGUAGGUCACCCAACUUUUCUUUCUCCUGUCAACUGUCAAGCCCAAAGGUGCUACUAUGCUGUUUGAAAGAAAAAACAAUAUACAAACAUGGAGACGAGGUUCUGCUGAUGCUGGAAUCUGGAGCAAUACACAAAAUGCUGGAGGAACUCAGCAGUUCAGACAGUAUCUAUGGAGGGAAAUAAACAGUCAACGUUUUGGGUCGAGACCCUUCAUUUGUCCUGCUGCAUUACCAAAAUCCAUCUUGACAAUUUUGUCACCUUUAAGCUUGAUCCCACUAACUCAUUCCAAAACUCUACCCUGUGUAAAUUCUGUCUUUUGCUAAUUUUUUCAGUUCUUGAAUUUAAUGCCACAUUCGUAUCACUUUCAUCCACCCAUGAUUCAUUGACUUUAAAAUUAGCCUUGCUCCUCCAUACCUGGAUAGUAUAGGUAAUUUUUACAAUCCAGUCCUUUUUACUCUUCGGACUCUAUGUAUUCCACACACAUUCUUCCCCCCCCCCCCCCCCCCCCCCCCCACUUUGCUAGUCUACCACAGCUAUCUGCCUCUGCUCUCUACAACUUGCUGCCUAACCUCUUCUGCAUUAGUGCAUCACUUCCCACAUUCAGAACAUACUUCAACCAUCACCCUGUAUUCUUCCUGUUUGUCCUUUCUGAGGUGCUUUUCAUUGUUGGAAAGGCUCCACAAAAGUGAUUGUUCCUUAUUUGAAUGCACACUACUUUUAGUUUCAGGAGAUACUUAGCCAAUAUUUACAGGGACAAUGUUAAUGGCCAGAAGAAUUAUAAGUUGAGGGAUGCAAGGGUUCUGCUGAAUUUAACACUAGAGCCCUAUUAUAAUUUUCUAGUCCUAUGGCCUAGUUAAUUGACAUGCUCUCUGACCACUUUAGGAAAACCAGUAGAAGGCUGUAACUGUGGACUCCUGGGAAUUGGGCAGGAGGGGCUGUGGGGAGGGUAAUAUGGAUGGAGCACAAAAUUGGGAGUUAUGGAGAAGAUGCUGGUGAGAGAGAUUUGGGGCCAGAUGGGGGAAAAGUGCCUGUGAUGAUGACAGGUAAGAGAAACCACAAUUGGCUGUGGGGCUGUAAUAAACCCUCCACAUUUUUUUGAGGCUAGAAGCUACUAUGUCCCUUUUCAUAGCUGCAUUUACAGAGCCUGAGGAACCCAAUGUGGCACCUGUUAAAUUUAAAUCUGGCUCCCAGUUUAAAUAUGUUAACAAAAUAUCCUGUCCCUCAUACCUGCAGUGAUUUAAGAAUUUGUUUGCCACUUUUAAAUUCUAUGCCCUGCUCCUGUCUGUCAUGAAGGUAUAUUAUCAAAGUCAAAUAUUUAGAAGGUGAAAAUCUGCUGAUUUUUCCCCAACUGUUAUUUGUAUAAUUAAAGAGGCUACCUCAAACUCUAUAAAUGGUAGGUGCUUGUAGUUUCAUGGAAGUAACUUUAUAUUUUAAAAAAACGUUUAUUAUAAAUACAGAGUGAACUGCCACUUUGUAUUAAGUUACAAAUAUAAUGGUUACAGUGCAAAAUUAGAUGUUUUGAAUUAGUUUCUGGUUAUAUUUGAAUCUUAGUUUGAAUCCAUGUUACACUUAAGUUAUUAGAAUGCAAGUUGGACUGUUUAUUUGACUGAAGGAAUGCUUUCACAGUUGUAUGGUCAUGUUCACAUAGUAUUAUAGAUAGAAGUCAUUUAACAAUGCAUUUGAGUGUUAAUAACGUCCUUGGUAUGUUUUCUGUUUCUUAAACUGACUGUUGUGUAGAAACAAUGAAAUAAAAUGGAAAAGAAAGUU